GCAGAUGUAUCUUUGGUGCACAUACUUUUGUGCUACAACAGCUGCUCAUUUCUGCGCAAGCUGUCCGCUUGGUGUAUUGUGAUGGGAAGAAAGAUUUUCGGUAAAUCGGCAUCAAGACUGUACAUUGUGCCUCGUGUAUCGUUACUGGCAACCCUCCAUUGCACAUAACACAGAUGGAGUACAGAAGAAUGACGAGUCGUUACCCGUUAUAGCUACUAUUCCCAUCUAGGCGGAAAAAACAUCCGGUUGCCUGAGCUGGAGGUGCAGAGGUGUCGGCAGCCGCAGCCGGUCCGUGGUCGGCCGCCGGCGACAUGACGCGGGUGCGGGAGUGGGGGCUGCAGGACCGGCCGCUCAACACGGUGCACUUCGAAUCGCCGUCGCACACGGGCACUCUGCUCUGCGGGCUCAACACGCUGCGCUCCAAGGGGCUGCUGCUCGACGUCACCCUCGUCGCAGAGGGCGAAGCCUUCCAGGCACACAGAGUGGUACUUGCAUCAUGUAGUGACUACUUUCGUGCCAUGUUUACGGAUGCGAUGAGAGAGUCUCGCCAGAGUGAAAUUUGUCUGAACGGUGUGACUGCAGCAGGAAUGCGCCUGUUACUGGACUAUGCUUACACAUCACGUCUGGCCCUCAACCUGGCAAACAUUCAGGAUGUGCUGUCGGCAGCAAGUCAUGUUCAGGUUGUCGCAGUAGUUGAGGCAUGUUCUAGUUAUCUUCAGACUCAGCUUGAUUUGGAGAACUGCGUGGACAUAGCAACAAUUGCUGAAACUUACUCGCUCUCACAACUGAGGCGACGUGUGUAUCGGUUCAUGAGCAGUCAUCUCCGUGAGUUUUCACGAACUCAAGACUUCCAGAGGUUGUCCCCUAUGCAACUGGAAUAUCUUCUGGGCUGUGAUUUUCCUGUAGACUGCCCUGAAGCUGAGGUGCUCCGUAUUGUUCUUCGAUGGCUUUCAACUUUGCCUGCCCCCACCACUGCGGAUAGCUGUGUGCAGCAGAGACUUCCAUAUGCCCAACGUAUCCUAAGACGAGUACACUUCACUGAAAUCACCCCUUGGGAUCUGGACACAGUUCUUUCUCACUCGCAUAUGGAUCAGACAUUGUAUAGACAGGUUCUGGCUGAGACGUGCCGACAGAAUCGUCCAAGGACGCUCAAGUUACCUAUCCCCUCCAGUACCUCCUUGAUUAACUCCAGGGGAAUGGAAUUGGCUGUUGUAAAGGUUGGUGGCUUCGGUAUUGCAGGCAUCACCAAUGAGAUUACAUAUUUUCUUCCAAGUGUUUCAAAGUGGCGUCACCUUACUUCGAUUCCUCACGUUGAGCAGUGUAAUUAUGGAACAGCUGUGCUAGACAAUGAGCUAUAUGUUGUUGGAGGUUGCUUUAAUCAGUCUCUUCAGGAGAAUAUUCAUCCAUUUGGCUUCCGCUAUAGUCCACGUUACAACAAAUGGACAACAAUGGCACCCAUGCAGAGAGAGAGAUGUCGAUUCUCACUGAAUGUUGUAUGUGGACGCCUGUAUGCCAUAGGAGGAGCAAGUGAAGUUGAUGAUCCAGAUGAUGAAGAAGAAGUGAGUGCCUGUGAAUGUUAUGAUCCACAGACUGACAGCUGGGAGUCAAUUCGGCCCCUUCCUGGUCACCGUAGCCAGCAUGCAGGGGCUGCAAUGCCUGGAGGGUCACUGUACAUUUCUGGAGGGCUGGACCGGGACCUCGUUCUGAGCUCAAUGCUCUGUUACGAUGCCAUGACUGAUGUGUGGCAGCAGCGGGCUCCCAUGUUGACACCACGUGCAGACCAUGUAAUGCUUGUUCUUGGGGAGCGUCUUUAUGUUUGUGGUGGUUGGUUUGAGGAUGCUGACACAGGAAAUAGAGUUCUGUGUGAGACUAUUGAUGUUUAUGAUGUAAGUGCUAACACAUGGGAUGUGGUAACAACUGUGCCUACACCAAGGUACCAUGCUGGAAUUGUCGGUGUUGGCUCAAAAAUUUAUUUCAUUGGAGGAUUUCACAGUGAUGCCAUGUUCGAUCGUGCUACAGCUAUUGAAUGUUACGAUCUGGAGACAGACACAUGGACAACAGGCGAAAAGUACCCUCAGGAUAUAUGGGAACAUACCUGUGUAACUUUAUAUAUUCCACGAUGCCGUGAUGACAUGGAAGUUAUGGCCACUAAUGAUAGUAGAGUUUGAAGUUUCUACACUAAUGUGCAAUAUUUGCUGCCGUUUAAAUGUACAAGACUUAAAAUAUUUACUUCGUAAUUGUUUCAUCUUUGUAUGUUAAGUGCCAUUGAAGAGUGAUUGAUACUAUUUGAAUGUUGUUUCUUUGUACUGUUAAUAUUUUUAUUCACUGUUGUAAAAUUGUGUAAACUGUCAUGUUUAACUUGUCCUUGCUUAUGCAUGGAUUGUUCAGAUACAAACUUUAUAUAUUCUAAUAAGCCAGUAGAAGAUGAGUUACUACAAGCAUCACACAGAACUGUAGUUACUGAGGGACCAUAUUGUAUAAUACAUGCUUGCAUACAGAUUGUAUGUAUUUCAAGCAAUUUAUAACUGAGUGACAUUAAAUUACUCAGUAAAUGUAUGUUGUUGCUCCAGACAAUCAUUUCUUCCACAAUGAGACUUUUGAAAAUUGUAGCGCGUGCGCCCACACACACACACACACACACACACACACACACACACACACACACACACACACACACAACUACUACUACUACUUUGUUGUUAAUAUUUGGUCUGGUCAUGAAGCGAUGUAAGUCAUAACAUGCUAGUUAAUUCCCACAGUACUGUAGCGGGCUAUGCGCACUUUAAACAGAUUUGUUUGAACCGUAGGAAAAUUCCAGAAAAUUCAUUGACAUUCAGUUUUUGUAAAUAAAACAUGUGUUGGGGUACACAGUGGUUAUGAUGGAAGUGCAGAAGCUUGGCCUAAUAUUAAAAUGUAUUUUCACAAAAAUCUAUUCAAAGUUUAUUUUAUAUAAAUUUUCUGGAGCUUUACCACUAGCAGUGUCACAGUGCUGUCAAAGCGGUAGUAUUUUAACUUUUUCGUUGGAGGAAGGGGGUGGGGGGGGGGAGUUCCUUUCAUGAUAUAUAAGCUGAAAAAUAAGUGAAAAGAGGAUAAUUGUUCUGUGUGAAUUGCAUCACACUUCGGGAAAGUUCAAAAAGCUGUAUAAGAAUUGAAAAUUGACUGCUUUUUUAUAUUUUGUUCAAGCUAUAGAUUCAGUACGUUGCUUCAAAAGUAGUUGAAGUCUCAUCACAUGUUUUUCAUGGAAUAGACUGUAAAGAAUUACUGAAAUUUUAUGACUGUUUUCCACUGUAUGCUUCAUUGUAUGUUCUGAUCUCUCUCUCUUUGUCUUUGGAGUCAAUUCACAAAAAAGGCCUUAGCUUUGUUUGUAAUUAAUGAAUAUUUGUGAUUUUAUUUGUUGUCUCAACUCUUCUUGUCGAUACUUAAUCCAAGUCUUAGAUCUUACGACAGUACAUGUAUUUUGGGAUGUGGUUAAUGUGUUGUCGUUAAAUAUGUAUCAUGGCAUUCAAGUGAUACGAAGAUGCUGACACAAAUUUAUCUAGUCCAAAGCAACAAAUUAGCAAAGCUCUCAGAAAUUUUAUAUUUUAUGAAUUGUUAUCUGAUUUGCUUGUUGAUACAUAAUAAUUAGAAUCACAUACAGAUGGAGUAAGAUUAUGUAAACAUUCUAAUGUACGGCAUAUUUGUCCGUCCGAAAUGUACCUCGUGUCCGAGGCUUAACUAAAUGUUACUCAUUAUCUUGUUAAAUUUUUGGGUACCUAUUUAUGAAUAAAUAUUUUUGCUGUAAA